CGCGCCUUCGCUAUCGCGGUCGCCCAGCCUUAUCCAUGCAGGCCCAGCGAGAGCACCACCGCUCGCUCGCCGCUCCCGGACGCCGGCGCGACGCGCUCGAUGGAAUGCCGCGCCUGAGCUCUCCCUCUCCCUGACCCGCACUCCCAGCCGCCCCGCGCGCCGCGGCUGAUGCCGCUCGCCGGCACUGCCCUCGCGCCUCUCCUCGUCUCCCCCCUCGCGCCAUCGCCUAGCCGUGGCUGCGUCGCCGCUGUUGCAGCCGCGAGAAGGCCGACCGCUCUCCGGCGAGCUCGGUGCUCGGCCGCGGCCGCUUCCGGUGAAGCCGGGGAGGCCGGUGAGCUGCCACGGGCGACGCUGCUAUGGAGGGCGGCGAAGCUGCCCAUAUACUCUGUUGCGCUCGUGCCACUCACGGUAGGGAGCGCCUGUGCUUAUCAUCACGCAGGCUUAUUCUUUGCCAAACGUUACUUUAUUAUCUUGGCAGCGGCAGUCCUUGUGAUCACUUGGCUCAAUCUGAGCAAUGAUGUCUUUGAUUCGGAUACUGGGGCUGACAAGAACAAGAAAGAAUCUGUUGUUAACAUUAUUGGCAGUCGAGCAGUGACACAGAAUGCUGCAAAUGUUUCUCUUUUCCUCGGCUUUGCUGGGCUAUUCUGGGCCUUUGCAGAAGCCGGUGAUACUAGAUUCAUCUUCCUGGUGAUGUGUGCGAUCUUCUGUGGUUAUGUUUAUCAGUGUCCUCCAUUUCGAUUAAGCUACCAAGGACUAGGUGAGCCUUUGUGUUUUGCUGCUUUUGGUCCAUUGGCAACCACAGCUUUCUACUUCUCAAGCAGCAACGUAAAUAUUUCAAGUGGAACGGCACUGCUCCCUCUCACCAAAACAGUUACAGCUUCAUCAGUACUUGUUGGGUUGACAACUACUUUGAUACUCUUCUGCAGCCAUUUUCAUCAGAUUGAUGGAGAUCUUGCCGUUGGGAAGAUGUCUCCCCUGGUCAGAGUUGGCACUGAAGCAGGAUCACGAAUAGUGAUGGUUGCUAUUGCCAUGCUUUACAUUCUCUUGGCUGCAUUUGGCGGUGCUUCAAAUAUUGACCCAUGGACAUCUACCUCAACCAUCACUGCAAAUAUUUCAGGUCCUUUGUGCCCUUACUCUGCCAGUGGGCAAAUUGGUUGUGGAUUAUGUGCUGAAAAAUCACGAGGACAAUGCUAAGAUUUUCAUGGCGAAGUACUACUGCGUGCGGCUGCACGCUCUGUUUGGGAUGGCGCUGGCUUCUGGUUUGGUCUUGGCCCGGAAUGGUAUACUAGCCUGACAGAUGAGCAACCCUGAAAUCCAGGAGAAGAUCCGGAGCAGAGAGCACCACACCCUGCAGAUACUGAAUGCACAGCCUUCCAUUGCGUUCUGAACUUCUGAUUCAACAACAGAACAGACUGGAGAAUGGGUGCAGUACUGAACUGGCGCAGAUUUGCGAAGAAAUGGAGAGGAAAUGCCAGGGAGGUACUCUAUGUCCACUGGGCCGUAUUGGACGGCAAGUAGCUGUUGCUGGUUGAGUGAACGAUGAGCUUCGGACGUUCGGUGGCUUGCUUCAGCAUCCGGUUUUUGCCCAAGUUGCACGUCUUCUACGCUUUGACCGGCUCGGCUUGCUCAUGCACUGGGCCGUAUAGGAGGAUCCCAAUAUGAAUUGAAUUCCUAGCCAGGACGGGUCAUGUUCAAGCAUUACUUCUCUGUACAAACGCACCAACUGGCCAUGCAGAUUUGUGGGGAAUUUACACGCCCUUGUGUUUCACAUUUGGCCUUCCCUGGUUGGUGGUUAGGCAGCUACCGUGCAGGGUUUGUAAUUGCGAUGUCUAGUUUCAUCUCUUUGUCCAGACAGGUAAACAGUGCUAAAUACAAUCAAGGCCGUGUUUGGUUGCAAAAA